AUGGCUAGUGCUAUGAAAACAAUUUUCCGUGUUUCACUCAUGCUUGCUCUUGUUGCAUUUAUGAGUCAUUCUACAGAAGCGGCACGUUGUGAUGGUCUCCCUGGAGGAACUUUGUUGAUGUAUGAUAACUUUGCCCAAUGUAACCGUUACAUAGCAUGUCAGCACGAGACCGAUCACGAGUGGUACUGUCCGCCGGGAGAGUUCUUCAAUCCACGAAAUCUACAAUGCGAAUCAAGCUGCCCAAUGGAAAGAGAACGCUUAUGGUGUGGUGGUGUGCCGGAUGGCGUCUUCAUUCGUUUGCCACCAACGGAAACUCCGAAUUGUCAAAACUACUACACGUGCUUUGGAGGAAACAUGUAUCUUAACUCAUGCCCACCUGGAUUUUUCUUCUCUCAAAUACUCCAAGCUUGUGGUUUAAAUCCACAGGACUGUUGA